AUGGCGACACCAGCGUCCUUCGGAACGCAGCUCGCCAAUGUGCGACGUCUGUCUGCGUCUGGACAGGCGCACCAGGCGAAGCCUGCCCAGCUUUUGAUGGCUAUUGAAUCCACCAUCUCCUCGACUCUGCCGAAAUCGACCCUUCCGCACACUUCGACCGCGUACUUCACCGCGCUUCUGCAGUGCCUCGAGAAGGCUUGCUCCGAUGAGAUUGCCCCGGGAGAGACGGGAGAGGAGAUUUCCGAGACCGAGAAGAUGGACGGUGGCGACCUCAUCCCCGCAACCCUCUACCUCCUCGCGAUUGUUGUGCCGGAGACGCCGCCCAGCGUCGUUCUCGCCAAGCUCAGCCCGCUCCUUGAGUGCCUCCUUCCCCUCUUCAGCACCGCCCUCGCCCACCCUCCCGCCCUCCGAAGUCUCCUCCAGAUCGUUACCUCCCUCCUUCUCUUCGCCACGCCGACGUCGCUUUCCAACCCCCUUCUGAAGAAGGCUUGGAACUACGUCCUUGAGCUGUGCCUCGACCCGCGACCCAAGGUCCGCCAUCUCGCGCAGGAGGGCGUCCGGAAGGUUCUUUGCACCCCCGUUCCCCCUCGCGUGGUGCCGGGAGCUCACCCGUACCUCCCCCGUGCUCGCGAGUGGGUUACGUCGGCGCUUGAGGAUGAGGUCAAGGGCAAGAGCAGCAAGAAGAAGGCCAGGUUCGCUGGCAACGAUGAGGACGAGGGCAAGAAGGCUAUUCACGUUGUGCAGGGACUGAGGGGAUGGGUUGCCGUUUGGGGUACUGAGCUUCUCAUGGCUCUCCCGCCCCACCCGCACCUCACCAACCAGGUCUACUCUCUCCUGUCUCACCUUCUCUCCCCGCCGCCAGUCGACUCGGCCUCUCCGACCCCUCACGUCAUCGGAAACCUGACCAAGGUCAUUGACUCGCUCCUCGCGUCGCCACCCGAGUCUGGUGACAUGCCGGCGUACCUUUCUGCCCUGUCCAGCGCCCUCAUCAAGCUCUCCCUGCAGGACCCCGCAAACCUGCCGGCUUACCUUCCGAAGGCGUUUAACUACAUCUUCAACGACGUUCUUCUCGGAGCCUCCACGAGCCCGGCGGUCUGCAAGGCUGCCACGGAGGCGAUCGCUGACGGCAUCGUUCGUUACUGUGUCACGGACGAGAUGAUCAUCGCCGCCGUCCAGUACCUCCGGUCCGGUAGCCACCUUCCCGGUGCCAGGAAGAAGCAGAAGACUCCCUUCCUUACCAAGGUUCUCGGUGCCGUUACUGAGGCCCUGGACUCAAACGCUCUCCGCAUGAACUACCUUUUCACCAUCCUCUCCGCCCUCAUCUCCCGCCUCCGCCUCCGCCUGCUUCCCGACGAGCCCGCUGUCGACCCCAGCGGAACGGCCCCUACGGCCGCGGAGGAGCUUCUUCUCCCUCUCAUCACUGAGGUUGGAGAUCUCCGAACGCAGAAGGGCUUCGACGCCAAGGACAAGGUGGACGAGGUCGUUGGCGCUGCCGUCGAGGUCAUCGGUGUCGAGGGCGUCCUUCGUGCGCUGCCCCUCAACAUCGAGCCCGAUGCGAGCGGAAAGACUCCUCAGCCUGGCCGCGCUCAUCUCCUCCCGAUCAUUCGCCACAAGACGACAAACGACUCUCUCGCCUUCUUCGCCAACUACUUCCGACCGCUCUCUGAGCGUCUCUUCGAGCGCAAGGUCGCUGCCGAGGACGCCGGAAACGUUGCUGUUGCCAAGGUCUGGGAGGUUCUCGUCGGCCAGAUCUGGGACUGUCUCCCCGGCUUCUGCGAGAUGCCCCGGGACAUGCAGGAGGGUCUGUCUACGCCCUUCCUCUCCCUCAUCACCAACCUUCUCUACACCCAGCCCCUCCUUCUCUCGCCGCUGCUUCGCUCGCUCCUCCAGCUCGUCAACUCUACCCAGACUCUUCUGAACUCGUCGACCGACCCCGCUGAGCUCCGCAAGCAGUUUGGCAUUGACCAGGAGGCGGCCAAGGCCAACCUUGGCAAGCUUAAGUCUCUUGCCAAGGACAUGGUCUCCGUCCUGCUCAACGUCUUCUCCAAGCUUCCUCGCGAGCAGCGUGGAAUGGUCGGAGACGUCAUCGCCGCCUGGGUCGGUAUCAUGGACGAGAAGGACAUCAUCGAGACCUACAACACUGUCGCCUCCCACCUUUCGCAAAACCUCGACAACACCCAGGCUCCCGCCCCCGGUGCUUCUCCCAUCAGCCACACCAUGCUUGACCUGCUGAUCGUCUUCGUUCCUCACCUUCCCGCCGCUCAGAGCGCCUCUCUCUUCGCCGCCACCUCGACGAAGGACCUGCUCGAGCACGAGGAUGCCACGGUUCAGAAGAAGGCUUACCGUCUCCUCAAGCGUCUGCUCGAGGCUGGCAAGCUCGGCGAGGCCGGCUCUGGUGACAAGCUGCAGGAGUUCGUCGAGCGCCUGAACGAGGUCGCCACCCAGGUCGGCCCCGGCGCUCAGCGUGACCGCCUUCAGCUUCUCUCGACUCUGGUUCAGGAGCUGCCCAAGGACCGUCUGCACCUCAUUCCGGAGCUCCUGUCUGAGGCCGUUCUCGGUACCAAGGAGGUCAACGAGAAGGCUCGUGACGCCGGUUUCGACCUCCUCGUUGUCAUGGGUCACAAGAUGGCUGAGGGAGGAGAGGUCAAGCAGGCCGUUCCCGUUGACGAGGACAGCGAUGAGCUCGUUGAGCGCACCGUUGACGCCAACGCCCAGGAGUACAUCACUAUGGUUGCUGCUGGUCUCACUGGAACGACCCCUCACAUGAUCUCCGCCUCGAUCAACGCUCUCUCGCGUCUCCUCUUCGAGUUCAAGGACGACAUCUCGAACGAGCUCAUCUCUGAGCUUGUCGCUACCGUCAUUGUCUUUGUCGGCUCGAAGAACCGUGAGAUUGUCAAGUCUGCUCUUGGAUUUGUCAAGGUCGCUGUCGUCGCUCUUCCCACGGAGACUGUCGAGCCCCAUCUUGAGGCGCUUGUCCCCGCCCUUCUCGGCUGGGUCCACGACCAGAAGAACCACUUCAAGCUCAAGACUAUUCACAUUUUCGAGCGCAUGUUCCGCAAGUUCGGCUACGAGAACGUCCACUCGUUUGCCCCUGAGGGUGGCGAGCGCAAGGUUAUCGAGAACCUGAAGAAGCGCAAGGACCGUGCUAAGCGCAAAAAGGCGACCGCCGAGGAGGAGAACAAGGCUCCCAAGACGACCUCUGGCAACGCCUUUGACGACAUUCUCUACAACAGCGACUCUGACGAUGAGGAGGAGCAGGGUGACGAGGACGAGCGUCCCGUCAAGCCCCUGGGCAAGCGUGCUCAGCGACGAGCUGCCGCCGCCGCUGAGGCCGAGUACAUCCGUGACGAGGGUGACGAGCCCAUGGACCUUCUCUCUCGCAGCAUUGCUGGUGGUGUCACGCGCGACCCGAAGGCAGAGCAGCGCAAGCGCAAGCCUGGCCAGGACGCCGCGCACUUCAAGACGGACAAGAGUGGCAAGCUCGUCAUCGAGGAUGAGGGCUCCGACUCUGACUCGCCGAUGGACGACGGUGCGGACGAGGGCAAUGCCUAUCUGCAGGCCAUGCGUGGCAUCGAGGGUGCGGCGCGCACCAGCCGUGGUCUCAAGUUCAACAAGAACACGAAGCGCGCUCGUGAGGAGGAGCGCGAGGAGGGUCUCAUGGACGUCGAUGACGACAAGAUGGCCAAGAAGAAGAAGAAGAAGUCGAUCGGCCGGCUCGGCGAGGAGUUCCGCAGCAAGCGCGGAAAGGGAGAUGUCAAGAAGGACGGCGUCGACCCCUACGCCUACGUUCCCAUCGGCCAGGCUGCCAAACGCGCGGGCAAGAACGGCGGCCGCGUCAGCCUGACCAACAAAAAGAAGGGCAUGAGGUCCUAA